AUGGACACCCUCAGAGACGCCCCCUUGGGACAACUCGUCCGGCAGUUCUGGACACCAAAUUCCCUUCGCUACCCAGAAGAAAAAGCCGGCUUCGAGAUCCCCGCCGGUCUCAAGCCCAAGCCCGUGAACGAGGAUAUCGAGAAAGGCUCCGAUAACGAUCAGCAAUCUGAGGGGCAUGCAGAAAAGGCUGCGCCUGACGGGGUCAUCCUCGUCGACUGGUAUGGAGCUGACGACCCUGAGAAUCCCCAGAAUUUCUCGGUGGGCAAGCGAGCGUGGAUUACGUUUGUUUUGUUCUGGAUGACGUUUGCGGUGUAUGGUGUGUCGUCGAUGUAUACGCCUAGUGAGCAGGGCGUGAUGCAGGCUUUUGGCGUUGGUGUCCCCAAGGCGGCUUUGGGGCUGGCUCUUUAUGUCCUUGGCGCGGGUUUGGGACCGAUGCUCUUCUCCCCGCUAAGUGAGGUGCCUGCUCUGGGUCGCAACAUACCGUACAUCAUCCCCACGACGCUGUUCCUGAUCCUCUCGAUACCAACUGCGGUGGUGAACAACUACUCUGCUCUCAUGGCGUUGAGGUUCCUUACUGGAUUUGUGGGAUCGCCAGCCGUCGGGACCGGCCCUGCCUCGAUACAGGACAUCUAUCCCUUUCACAUUCUUCCUCUCGGCCUCACCGUGUGGAUGAUAGCCGCCUUUACCGCUCCGGCAUUCUCACCCACCUUGUCAGCCUUCGCGGUCAUGAAUGAGGACUGGCACUGGUCGCUGUGGGUGAUCGUCUGGAUUACGGCACCAGCCCUCGUCUUGAUGUGGCUGGCACUUCCUGAAACCUCGGCGCCAAAAAUCUUGCUGCGAAGAGCACAAAGGCUGCGCAAAUUGACCGGUCAGAAGAACUUCAAAUCCCAGUCCGAGAUCAGACAAGCCAAUCUUGCAGUCGGAUCAGUACUUCGUGACGCCCUUCUCAAACCGAUCGAAAUCUCCUGCUUAGACCCCGCCAUUAUGUUCGCUCACCUCUACAUCAUGUACAUCUACGGCACGUACUACUCCUUCUUCGAGGCAUUCCCAAUCGUGUACGCCGGAAGCUACGGGUUCAAUCUCGGAGAAGUGGGCCUAUCGUUCAUCCCCAUCGCAGUCGGGACCUUCAUCGGCGCUGGCAUCUUCGUCUUAUACAUGGGGAUGUACGUGAAGCCGGUGUAUAUGAAGAAGGGCCCUCAGCCGCAAGAGUUCAACCUCAUAGCAGGACUUUACGGCUCGUUCGCGCUUCCUGUGGGGCUAUUCAUCUUCGCGUGGACGGCGAGAGCGAGCAUCCACUGGAUUGUGCCCAUGAUUGGAAACGCGAUUUUCGCAGGUGGAGCUUUCUUGAUCUUUAUUGCGGUCUUUUUGUAUUUGCCGAUGUCUUAUCCGCAAUACGCAGCCAGUCUAUUCGCGGCGAAUGAUCUCUUUCGCUCAUGCUUCGCUGCCGGUGCGGUUAUAUUCGCUCACCCGAUGUUUGUGAAUCUAGGCAUCGGGAAGGGCGUUUCUGUCCUGGGAGGCUUGGGUGUAGGGGGCGUUAUCGGCAUCUGGCUGCUGUGGUGUUUUGGCGCUGCUCUUCGCGCGAGGUCUCGAUUUGCACUCUCCCAAUAG